AGAAGCGUCUCAUUCACUCCGAGGAAACCCUAUGGGCCAACCGCUCAUGUCUUCGAUUAAGAAUUUCACAAAGUGACCAUUUUAAGCGUUCAUGAUGUCAGAAGAAGGCGCUCCCCCACCCGAGAGAGAUGUAAAGGAUUUUAAAUUCCAGCAGUUAUGCAGAUUUAGGAUAAGUGAAAGUCCUCCUGAGUUAUCAAAACACAAGUCUAGAUUGGUUGCCGCUUCAUCACAAUAUGGACUUGCAUUUGUCGGUUAUGAUACAGGUUUUAAAGUCAUUCGACCAGCAGAGCUCAGUAAGAUUGACCAAGCCAAUGCUAAAGACCGAAUGACAGUCAUUAUAGACAAUUUCCCUGUGGUUGCUGAUGUCAAAAUUCCUGGAGUUGUAUCAUUUCUUGCCCUCAAUGCAGACGAAUUGAGUUUGGCUGUGGUGGCUACCAAGGAUGGUCUUGUCCAGGCCCAUAUCUAUGAUGUUAGAGCUUUUGCUGAUAAUGUGACUCCUGUCCAAUGCUUUAUGACUGUUGGGUUGACCAAAGGAGGGGAUACUAGAUUUGAGGAUCUGGCUUGGAACCCUGUCCAGCCAAAUACUCUUGUGACUGUACAGACAGAUGGUGGUAUUAGUCUGUAUGACAUUUCUGAUACACUCAAAAUUGUGGCCACCAUACCAACAUCAUCAGCCAACUGCGUGUGCUGGAGCCCGCGGGGAAAACAGCUAGUUGUUGGUACAACAGAUGGUAAACUGAUACAGUAUGAUCAGGGGCUGACGAAGAAGCGGGAAUGGGCGUGCCCCACUUUACUAAACAAUGGAAAUUACAAAGUUGUUGGUGUUAUUUGGCUGUCCACAUUUGAGUUCCUGGCAGCAUUUAUCCCAGACAGUGCUGAGGCCUGUGACCAGCCAGACAUUGUCCUUAUUAGAGGAUCUAAAGAUGGUCCCAUUCACUACCAGAAUUUUGAGGACCCUUGCUUUGGAAAUGGGGAGGAGAGAGAAAGGAGGGUUUUGUUCAACCAUCUGCCUCAAUGGGACAUGCUACUUGGCUGUUCAAGCAAUGCCUGUGAGGUUUCGAUUCUUGGAAAACACCAGAGUGAGCCGCAAUGUGAUUGGGAGCGUUGGAACCUUGAUGAUUCUGCUCGGGCUGAGCUACCACUGACUGACAGUCAUGAAGACACUUUCCCAAGGGGUGUGGCCAUAGACUUCUCCUCUCCGGUCCCUAUACCUCUAGGGGAAGGAAGCCACCCACCAUCUCCAAUCCUCCUCCUGCUGUCCACGGACGGAGUACUAGUGCCCUAUUAUAUGAUGAAUAUGUACAGUGGGGCUGAUAUCCUCACUAAGUCGAUUAAACCACUCACCACCGCUGGAAUUAGAAAACCUAAUGGAGUAGAGACAGAUGCUGCUGGGAUUCCUAGCAGCCAAAACAGUGGAAGUAGACCAAUGACUGGACUGUCUGGUACUGGAACAGGGCUAUCUACAGGAUUGACCACAGGGCUAGCCACAGGUCCAAGCUUCCAGUUUGUCAGUGCUACUACAAAGGCUGCUAGCACUUCAUCCUUUGGAAGCCCCAAAACCACAACUCCAUCAAUUUUUGGCACAAGCUCUACAACUUCAUUUGGGUCUGGUGCAUCUUUUGCAGGAUUUUCAACAACAAAAGCCAAUGCAGCAAGCACGAAUACCACAUCCACAGGUGCUCCAGCAACUACAUUCAGUUUCACACAGCAAGGCACAUCAGCAUCAACGACUAAGGCUGCUACCUUCAGCUUCAGCGGAUCCCUUGGGUCUCAAUCCCAGUCCACUGCAUCUUCUGGGUUCAAUUUUGGGGGCAAUUCUGCACCAAGUGGAGGUUCUGCAACAUUCAGUUUUCAGACAUCUUCAAGUGGUUCCUCAUCAGUGUUUGGUGGGCCAAGUACAACAAGUGAUAUCAAGUCAACCAGCUCAUUUGGUGUAGCACCUGGAAGUGCUAGUACUGCUACAAACCCAGUCAUUGCCACUGUCUCUGCAUCAUCCUUUGGAUUUGGUACUUCUGCUACAAAGUCGACAGUUGGUAUUAAUACAUCAAGCGUAUCAUCAGUCUCGACUUCCAAAACUGCUGGGUCCAGUUUUGCCGUUGCACACAUGGAACCUGUGAUGCCUGGGAAUGUACAGUUGUCUGGGGGGACAAGACCAGAACGAUUGCCUGCAGCACCAGCAUUCUCUAGUGCAGGACAGGCUCAGCCUGGUCAAACCCGGCAACCAUCUGCAUUUAAAGGCUUCGUAACAUCCACCCAGAGUUCUACAACAAUCGCAGCACCUCAGUCAACCACAGGGUUUAAAGGAUUUGUCAAUCCACAAGGUCCACAAUCUACUACAGCUACUUUACCAAACCAAAUUGGACAGGCAGCUGGUUUGAGCCAGCCUUCUUCAACUCAGUUUGGACAGGCUUCUGGUUUGAGCCAGCCUGCUUCAUCUCAGUUUGGACAGACUACUGGUUUGAGCCAGCCUGCUUCAUCUCAGUUUGGACAGACUACUGGUUUGAGCCAGCCUGCUUCAUCUCAGUUUGGAAAAGCAGUUGGAGUGAGCCAACCUUCUUCAUCUCAAUUUAGGAGUAAGGCUCCGGCUGUGUCAAUUCCUAAGACUCCAGUUACCCCAGCCUCUGUACCCUCCACACCUCCAACAGCACCUGUCCAGUCUAUGAGAAGAGUUCCAGAAAGCAAUCUAGGCCCAGCCACUGUAGGCAUUGCUCCCAGAUCUGGGGACUCAGAAGACACGUUCACCAAAGGUAUCAUGGAGGAGCUGGCUCACUUUGAGGAGGAAAUGUCAGAGUUUAGGGCUCAGACAUGUCACGGAGGGGUCCUGGUAGGGACUCAAUCAGAGAUGCAUCAGCUUAGAGGAAAAGUAGAGGAACUGACCAAUUUUUCAACGGAGAUUAUAACUACAACUAAGGACCAGACCAAGGAGGUUGAUGAUCAGAAAUCGCUCUGCCUGGAUUUGUUUGCUAUGGUGGAAGAGUGUCGAUUACGUGAGAGUCGUAAUACUGACAACAAGUAUAUGCAUCUACUAAAGGCUAGGGCCUUAGACCCUGCCAGCCUUGACCACCUCCGUCAGCUACAGCAGCAGUAUCAGGUGCUUGAUCAGGGCCUCAGAGAUGUGGAUGCCAUCUUAGAUCAACAAUGGACGGAACAUCAGAAUAGGGAUAGAAACAGAGCCAAGAUCAAGGCACCAUCAACAGAUGUGAUGUAUCGUGUUCUGAAGAGUAACAGUACCUUGAUACGCAACCAAAAGGCAAACCUAAACAACCUAGAAAAGAAACUGAAGGAGCUUAAACUAUACAAUAAAACAUCAGCGUGGCAGCACUCCAGUUCUUCUAACAAUGAAUCCAGGGAUUUAGAGUUGUCUACCCUAGCAGAUAGUCUUUUGGAGGGAGAUAAUAAACCAGAGCCAAGUCUGUCAUCCACACAGAUCAACAGUAAAGCUCCAAGUCCAGAGAAACAAGCAAGGCUUCGUGAACAUUUAGCCAGACGUGUUGUACCAAAGAUCAAGUCAACCAGGCCAGAGAAUUUGUCCAUGUCGCGUAUCGCUACAGUAGACCGACGGAGAUAUGACCUGGAAGAGACUGUAGUGGCUCAUGCACCAGAACAGACUUUUCAGACAUAUUCAGCUGAGAGGGGGUCCAUACAAUUUGGUACAUCAUUCAGACAACCAGCUGGAAGUAUGACAAUUGGUGCUGUCAAUCAAGCAGGAAAUGUUGGUGGUCAGAAGUUUAUACAAGUCCAGGGCAAAAACCCCUUGACAAUAACUAGACAGUCUGGAACAUGGGAUAUUAGCAGGCAAAACAUGCCCCCUCCCGGUACCAUCAACCUUCCAUCCAAGUACACAUUCAGCGCUCCCACUGCUGUCCCAGGUGGACUGAAGAACCUUGGCCACAUUGUCGUGGAAGAUAUAACUCCACCAUCAUCCACAGGUUAUGAAGAGGAAGAUGAGGAAGAUGAUGACGAUGAAGAAGAUGAUGAAGAUGACACCUAUGAUGACGAUGAUGAUUAUGAAGAAGAAGAGGAUGAGAACGGUGUUGGGUUUGGACCCCAGUAUGCCAUGACAGUACAGGGCAAUGGGGAUUCAGCAGGCCAUAACACUACCUACACACCCAAGACUGGAGGAUUUAAUAUUGCUCAGUCAUCUGGAAACUUAAACAAAAACCUGUUUGGUUCUCCUGCCACUGCUAAGUCUACCAAUCCAUCGAAAUUGGGAACUACAUUAUCAAGUCCUGUUGGUCCCAUGUUGGCAACAUUUGGCUCCAAACCAGGGGAAUCAAGUUAUAGUGGAGGAACACAGUCCAAGACCUCUUUUACAUUUAGUGGCGAUGCUGGUGGGUCUGCAUUUGCAUUUGGUGGAACUUCUAAAGCGGAAACUGGAUUGAAGACAUCAAAUGUAGCUCCAGCCAGUACCACCAAGGCUGACCAAUCAGCUUUCUCCAUGUCUACCCCAAAAACUUCCUUAGUUUCUGGUACUAAAGCAACAGGUUUUAACUUUGGAGGGCAAGCAGAGACAUCUGACAAAAACUUGUCAACAGGCCAUCCCCUAUUAUUGCAAGCCCUAUCUGAGGAGGAAGAUACUUCCAGAGAGUCAUCAAAUGGUCAAGCAGCUCCAGGAUUCUCAUUUACCAAACCUGUACAACAGUCAAAUGCUUCAGAAAUAGCUACUUCUAAACAAGAGUCAGGAAGCAGUCAGGAGCCUACCAAAGUAUUUGGACAAUCAACAUCUAUAGGAGGUAGCCUGUUCCGUGUCCAAACCUCUACUGCUUUUAGUGGUGAUGGCAGUGGUGCAACACCUAUCACUGAAACAACAGUUAGUCUUUCUACACCCGUCUCUACGGUGGCAUCUUUUUCAGGCUUUGGUGUGAGUUCCUCUACUCCAGUGAUUGGACAAAAAAGCUCAGCUGGUGCCACUACCACAUCUACUGGUGAAAGUAUGUCUGUAAAACCAGCUGUAAGUACAAUACCAGGGGAUAGCAUCACACUUGGAAAUGCUGCAGUAGUCAGUACACCUCAGCCCUCCAAUUCAACUACCACAAGUACUAGCAUUGGAUUAUUUGGAAAAUCAGAAGCUGGAAUAGAUGUGACCAGUCCAGAGCCAGAUCCUAAGGCACCAGUAGAUGUAUCUGGUCAAUCAAAAAUAUCAGUUAGUGAAUUUGGUGUGCCAGAAACAGCUAACACUGGCUUAUUUGGUAAACCAGCCACCACAAGUACAGGGAGUUUGUUUGGAACAGCUCCCUCCACCACCAGUACAGGGGGUUUGUUUGGAACAAUUCCAUCCACCACCAGUGCAGGGGGGUUGUUUGGAACAGCUCCCUCCACAACCAGUACAGGGGGAUUGUUUGGAUCAGCUACCUCCACCACCAGUACAGGGGGUUUGUUCGGAACAGCUCUCUCCACAACCAGUGCAGGGGGUUUGUUCGGAACAGCUCCCUCCACCAGCAGUACAGGGGGUUUGUUUGGAACAGCUCCCUCCACUACCAGUACAGGGGGUUUGUUUGGAACAGCUCCCUCCACUUCCAGUACAGGGGGUUUGUUUGGAACAGCUCCCUCCACCACCAGUACUGGGGGUUUGUUUGGAACAGCUCCCUCGACCACCAGUACAGGGGGGUUAUUUGGAACAGCUACUACCACCACUACCAACACCGCAACAAAAACAGGAGAUAGCUUAUUUGGGGCGACAGCUACAACUUCAGCUACUCCUUCAUUUGGUGUUUCACCCUCUGCUACUACAACCUCAUUGUUUGGAGGAACAGCUGCAUCAACAACAUCUUCAGUUUUUGGUACCACACCUGCAAUGACUACAUCAGCACCCAUAUUUGGAGGCACUCCUGCUUCUAAGCCCCUAUUUGGUAGCACACCGACACCAACUACGUCAGCUCCUUCCCUGUUUGGGGGUACUCCCAAAACUACUGCAUCAUCUGGAUUUGGAGGAUUUACCAGUCCUAGCUUUGGUCAGAGUGCUGCAUUUCCACAGUCCAAUCAAAGCAGCACCUUGUUUGGCCAGGCAAACACAACUCAAUCAGGAUUUGGCCAAUCCCCAAGUCAGAGCCAAGCAUCUGGAGAUGGUGGCUUGUUCAGUGGGCUGGGAGGUCAACCAAGUGCAGAAAAGGCUAACACCAAUGUGUUUGGUUCUCCCUCUACUUUCGGAACUUCAGCCACACCUGGAACAGCAACACUGUUUGGCAGCCAAAAGCCAGCAGGAUUUGGUACUGCAGGAGCAGGUACAACAUCGCCCUCUGGUGGAGCAUUCUCUGGAGGAUUUUCCACGGGAGGUACUGGGGUAGGAUCUUCUGGAUUUGGUGUCGGUCAGCCACAGGGACAAGGUUUUGGGGGAGCACCAUCAUUUGGAGGCAGUCCCACCUUCGGAAGCACACUGGGAGGAUUUGGUAGUCAACCAGCCUUUGGGAGUGGAGCCACUUUUGGUAGUGUAGCCUCUUUCUCCAGUCCUGUGUCUACUGCUAAUUCCAACACAGGAGGUCCAGGAUUUGCAGGAUUUGCCAGUUCCAACAGUCCGACAUUCGGGAGUCUGGCAGGAUCACCAGAUACACCAACAUUUGGCUCGAUGGGAGGAGGAGGAGGAGGUGGAGGAGGAGGGUUUGGUUCCCCAGGUUUUGGAGGAGGGACUAGCCCUGGAUUUGGCCCUACACCUUCUCAAGGAUUUGGAAAUACUGGGAAUAAUUCAUUUGGGUCCAAUCCAGCUUUUUCAGGAUACAGAUAAGGACCAACUUCUGAGUGUUACAUGUAGACGAGGAGAUUCAGUAUUAGGAUUGACAAAGGGAGUCCAACAGAAGAGUUUGGACUUUAAAAUACAAUAUUAAUUAAAACAUUAUUAUCAGGAAGGCUACAAGUGGAUUGUCCAGCUCAUUAAUUCGAGAUAUUUUUGCUAGAUGUUUGUGGAUAAUAAGUUUGAUAAAUGAUAUCUAGUAAAAAAAAGGAUGACUGAUGUGAUUUAUUACACUGCUGCAAUAAAACUGGUGAUUUUGAACUGAAACUGUUA